UUUGCGUCGGUGUGACGUCCGCCUACUCCUCUUGGCUUGUCUGUUAAGAAAGAACCACCCCAUUGUCGCCGCAGUUCUAGUGCCCUCGCCACAGCACCUCGGCCAGGUCGUUCGACAACGCAGUCACGCUCGUUUGACGCCACCAGGUCGUUCGACAACGCAGUCACGCUCGUCGUACGUCGCUAGUCCAGGGGAGGCGUGCGUCUCUUCGUCGGCGAGCUUCUUCAAGUUGUUCGACUGUUUGCCGCAAACGUAUAAAUGGACUUCAUCGACGAGUUCUUUUCCCAUAAUUUCCUUCGCGACUUGGAUGAUUCCUCAUUUGACGAUGUGGAGAUGGUGGGUGCCGUGUUAGUCAUCCAUGACCACCUUAGAGCAUCUUUAACAGCUGCCCUAUAUAGGGCAAUGUGGCAUAAAAACUGUCAUAUAGGGCAGAAAAGAGGCAAAAAAGUGCUCCAACAGCUGCCCUAUCUUCAUCAACUGCCCUAUAUUUUUUACAACACUGUCCUAAAUUUGGCCCAACUGUUGCAAAUAUAUAACACUUGUGUGGCUGUCCUAUUUUCCCAACGACGCGCGCGCAGCCCAACUGCCACCCGGAAAUUUCCCAGCCUCUCCCGCCCCCGACCCCGCCAGCGCAAAUCCGCCGCCCGUAGGCCGCGCCCCUGCCCAAAAUCCGCCGCCCGUCCACCGCCGGUCCCUCCCGCACCUCGCCCCCGCCGGAAUACCGCUGCCCAUCGCCAGAAUCGUCGAUCUGCUGUCGCCGCCGCCGCUGUACGAAUCCGGGGCACCCACGCUGAUUCUGCCACCGCCGCGACCCCGACGACGCUCGUACGCUUCCCCUUGGCCGCCUGCAACACCCAGCGAUGGCAGCAGCAGGUAGGAGAGGCUUGCUCCGGCGACGCAGCUGCCACCCACCGGCCCGGCCGCCGCAAGGUGUUCGAGAUGGUUUCGAUUGAGGAUUCAUCCGAUGAGGAAUACGAUUUGGAGGAUGAAGAAGACAUUGCUUUGAUUUUGCUUUUGCACAAGAGGAAGAAGCCCAAGCACGGAGGUUAUGGCAUCUGUGAUGCCGAUGUGCACAAAGAUCUUCAGAAAGAUCUUAUGGAAGAAUGGUGGUCAUGGUAUGGACGUCAAAGGGCCGCGCUGUGCACUUGAUUAUUACUUCUAUGUGAUGAAACUUGCUAUUUGUGUGUUGAUUUGUGAGCAACUUUGUGAACCAUUUGAUGAACUAUUGUUGUAAUAAUUAGUACUAUUGAAUUAUUAUUUGUUUGAAUUAUAUUUUAUCUUAUUUAUCAUAUUUUUUAUGAGA